UCGUCUCCCACUUCAAAUCCUCAGUUACAGAGAGAGAGAGAGAGAGAGAGAGAGAGAGAGAGAGAGAGAGAGCUCGGAGCGUAGAGCCGUUGGAAGUCGGACGGUGGAGCAGCCGAAGGAUUGAGCUGCCGGUGACCUUUGCCUCCAGUCUCGUCCAUCUCUGGUGCUUCAUUGGUGACAGGACAAGACGUCCUCACUCUGCAUCGGUGGCUGGUGCAUUUCAGAAAUUGUGUUGGAGGGUCUUCAAAUUGCAAUGUAUUUGGCAGCAAAACAGUCCUAGUUGUUUUUAUGGGUUGCUGUAACUCAAAGAUAUCUAAGCAAUUUCCUGGAUAUGAAAAGCCUACUGUCCUCGCUGCUGAAACCCCUUUUACUGUGAGUGAAGUAGAGGCCCUGUAUGAGCUCUUUAAGAAACUAAGCAGCUCAAUAUUUGACGACGGCCUCAUUCACAAGGAGGAGUUCCAGCUUGCCCUUUUCAGAAACAGAAAUAAGAGGAAUCUUUUUGCUGACAGGAUUUUUGAUCUGUUUGAUGUCAAGAGAAAUGGUGUCAUUGAGUUUGGGGAAUUUGUUAGAUCACUAGGUGUCUUUCACCCAAAUGCACCAACAGCUGAGAAAGUGGAAUUUGCUUUCAGAUUAUACGACUUAAGGCAUACAGGAUUUAUCGAGCGAGAAGAGUUGAAGGAGAUGGUGUUGGCCCUUCUGCACGAAUCUGAUCUGGUCCUCUCAGACGAUUUCAUAGAAACAAUUGUGGACAAGACGUUCAGCGAAGCCGACUCAAAAGAUGAUGGCAAGAUUGAUCUCGACGAGUGGAAGGAAUUUGUGUCCAAGAACCCUUCUCUGAUCAAGAACAUGACCCUCCCUUACCUGAAGGACAUAACGCUAGCAUUUCCAAGUUUUCUGCUGAGCUCCGAAGUCGAGGACUCAGAAGUGUAGGCUUCUCGGAAAGGCAUGCUUUUGUGAAGGUGUCAACGAGACAUACUGGGACCUGUGAUUUUCCCGUAUUACAGCUGUCCUUAUGCUGGGUCAGAAUGCUUCAUCGUAGGGGACAUACCGUUCUUGGUCUCUCACCCGGGGGACGUCCACAAGGUGGAUAUUGCACACCGGUUGCACAUUUAACCAUCGAUAUGUGAAGUCAAAUCCUCGUGAAGUUGAAAACGAGAAUACUUCUGCCUUCACUUGGAGGCGGUCCAGCUUGGAAUGGUUCCGGUCUACAUGGCAUUCCUCCGGUUCAUGGGGGAUGAGGCUGAGGCCCAGAACUACAGCUACGGCCUCGAGGUUGGGGGGGCAGCGGGCGUGGCUGACAUGGGAGGAGGACAGCCACUGGAAGGUUCAGGACAGCCACAACGGUCUCAUAAUACAGCGAAACAUGGCCCCUUCUCUAGCGGGGACCGGACGGAGCUGAAGCAGGGUUCUGCAUCCCGAAUCUCUGCAGCUGAUGAAUCAAUCCAUUUAACUGAUUCAGCAUGUUUCCAUUUUUUUUUUUCCUUAAAAACUUUUUCCGGGUCGAUUUUUUUGGGGUUUGGGAGCACUGUUCCUUUUUGUAAGUUGUAUAUA